UACAGUACAUUGACCUUAAUUAGCACUCUGAAGAUAAGAUAAGCUGUAAUUGUCGACAUCAUUACAUGACAGCACGAAAUAUAGCUUAACACAGAAGAGAACGAAGAGACAUUUGAGGAGAGCAGAAGAGAGGAGCAAACAAACAAAAAAGAAAGUCCCUGAAAUAUAAUGGAAACAAAAAUAAUGGAAACCCCUGGUAUGUCCUCAAUGAAACUAACUAGUCGACCUGAGCUGUUUGCUUUUGAAGGAAUUUCUAUGACCCACUACUUCACUGACAACUGGGAAAAGGUGAAAAAUUUUCAGGCAAGACCUGAUGACAUUCUAAUUGCCACUUACCCUAAAGCAGGUACCACAUGGGUUUCUUAUAUACUUGACCUUCUGUACUUUGGUAAUGAUGCUCCAGAGCGCCAGAAUUCCCAGCCUAUCUAUAUGAGAGUGCCAUUCUUGGAGUGCUGUAUUCAAGGGAUACCUUCAGGGACAGAACUGGCUGAUGAUCUGCCCACCUCUCCUCGCCUCAUCAAAACUCAUUUACCUGUUCAGCUUGUGCCCAAAUCCUUCUGGGAGCAAAACUCAAAGAUUGUGUAUGUAGCACGGAAUGCAAAAGACAAUGCAGUUUCCUAUUUUCAUUUUGAUCGAAUGAACAUGGCGCAGCCUGAACCACGAGACUGGAACACGUACUUACAGACAUUUAUGGAAGGAAAGAAUGUGUUUGGUCCUUGGUACGACCAUGUCAGUGGAUGGUGGGAGAAAGAACAGACUUAUUCUAACCUAAUAUACAUGUUCUAUGAGGAUUUGGUUGAAGACACAGGACGUGAGGUGGAACGUUUGUGUUCCUUCUUGGGUUUGUCCAUUCCAGCUGAACAGAGGGAGAAAAUAACUAAAGGGGUUCAGUUUGAUGCCAUGAAACAGAACAAGAUGACCAACUAUUCCACUCUCCCAGUCAUGGAUUUCAAGAUCUCACCCUUCAUGCGGAAAGGUAAAGUUGGAGACUGGAAAAAUCUUUUCACCGUAGCACAAAAUGAACAGUUUGAUGAGGUCUACAAAGUAAAAAUGAAGAACACUACUGUCAAGUUCCGCACUGAGAUUUAAUACUAGAUCUAGGUCUUCUGCCAGAAUAAUAAUAAAAUAAUCAAGUCUGACAGAAGCCUAAUUAAGACUUCUCUGUUUUGACUUAGAGAAUAUUUAAUAUUACAAAUAUUUUUCCCAGUGUAAUACUGUAUGCAGAAACAACUAUUACUAUGCCAUUCACAGGCUGAUUUGUUUAUAUAAAACCAGUGGAAACACUUCACAUUGACUUUCAUUAAUAAAUCAUUGUAAAACGUUAUAUAAUGCUUAACAGAUUGUUAGUUAAUAAAUAUUCACAUAGCUAUGAUACAAUGUGCUUGUUAAUGUUUACUACCUUGACAAUCAAAACCACGGGAACCAGACAAGUCCUCAGCACAGCCAGUCUGAAAUUAAACCAUGCUGGUUUCCUCUGGCCCUUUGAACUUCUACUGGAAGAUAGCUGAACUGGAUGAUGACGACACUAAAUCAUCAAUUAACUGAUUCUGGCUAUAGAAAAAAUACAAAUAAAUAAAUUUGACUGUUAUA